CUCGUCACCAUCGUCAAUCUGUCAAUCGUAUGGAUUGAUUGUAUAUAAUCAUUCUUUAUGUUAAAAAUAUAGUAGUCAAGUAUUUCUUUUGUGCUUAAUAAACAAUAUAAUUAUAUAAAGUGGCGUAAUUCAGAAUAAGAAAUGUCGAAGUUCGAGGAUAAUCCAUUUAGUGAUCCUGCCAUAGACAAUCCUUUUGCGGAUCCAUCGGUGCAGCAAGUGGCUAGAAGUACAAACAGUGCCACUCAGGGUCUUGACGACUACAAUCCCUUUGACGGACAACAAAAUGCAAAUCAAGCUACGCUCUCCCAACAGCCAACACAACCAGCGAUUAUGCAAGCGGUCUCUCCACCCAUCGGUGGCCAGUACACGAGACCAAAUCAACCACAACAGAGUCAAGGACCACCACAAAAUUUCACCACAGCUGAUUUUCAAAAACGGCAAGAGGAAUUAGAACGCAAAGCUGAAGAGUUGGCCAGGCGUGAAGCUGAACUCAGAGCAGGUUCAGCUGGAAGAAGAAAUAAUUGGCCACCUCUGCCCACCUUCUGCCCCAUUCAGCCAUGUUUCUAUCAGGACAUCAAUGUGGACAUACCAUUGGAAUUCCAAAGGAUUGUUCGACAUUUGUAUCAUCUCUGGAUGUUCCACGCUCUGGUUUUGGCAUUGAAUAUAAUUGGAGGCCUUUCGUUACUGUUCGCUGGACAAGGAUUUACAGUCUUCGGCCUGUCCAUACUUUACUUCGUGCUGUUGACGCCGUUCAGUUUCAUCUGCUGGUAUAGACCCAUCUACAAGGCGUUUAGAAGCGACUCCUCGUUCAACUUCAUGGUCUUCUUCUUCAUAUUCCUCUUCCAAAUCAUUAUAACAUUGGUGCAGUCUAUUGGUUUCAGCGGUGGAGGCUCUUGUGGACUGAUUACGAGCAUCGCAGUGUUCAAAGAGAAUAUCGGUGUCGGAAUAGUGACUCUGCUCGUUACCAUCGGCUUCAUCACGGCCGUCGUAGCCGACGUCAUGCUCAUCACGAAGGUGCACCGCAUCUACCGCUCGACGGGCGCGUCGAUGGCGAAGGCGCAGGCCGAGUUCACAACGGAGAUCCUGCGCAACCAGCACGUGCAGACGGCCGCCUCCAGCGCCGCCGCCGCCGCCGUCAACGCGCAGAUCGCCUCCGCCAACCGCUACUAACGGUAUAAAACAGUGACAUUUAUUAAACAGCGUCACCCGUGUGGAGGAUACAUAAUAUAAUAACGCAAUCGACAUAAUGGAAAGCGCUUUUUAGUAUAUCAUAAUAUUCAAAACAUAUUUUCUUCAAUACAGAGAUUUUAAAUUAUUUAAUAUUAUAAAGUCCACAUUAAACAAUUAUAUAAGUAAUGCUUGUUCCUUUUAAAUUGUUAUGAUGUAUUUUUUUUAUUAUAUUUAUCUGUGCAUCUUAUUCGAAAAAUACUUUUAUCAAACAAUUAUUUAUUAUCUGUAAAUGUUUAUAAAGAAAAGUGCUAACAACUUGUAAAAUUGUGUUUUCAUUAUAAUUAAAUAAAAAAAUAUCUUUCACAAUUUUAUAUUUUCAUGUAAAAUUAACAGCCACAUAUAUUAAUAUUGUUAAAUUAUUUUAGGUACCUAUGUUACGAGCGCAUUUUAUAAAGAUACGGCCACAAAGUUGAAUGGCUGUGCAACUAUUGAUUUACUUAUCUAUUAUGUUUUAUUUAUAAUCGUUCAUUUAAUAUAAUAUUGUACUCUGUUUAAUGUUCAAAUGCCGGACAUUCAUCAUUCUUAUUAUAGCUAAGUAUUUUUUUUUAAUAUAUUUAUAACAUAUUCGUUUUUAAUUUAAAUAUCGUUAAAGCUGCAAAAUGUCGUAACAUAUAUUAAUCAUUUUCGUCUAUUACGCCUUAAUAAAGCUGCUGUAGGAAAACGCAUCUCAUUCGCUUUUUUUUUUACGAAAUUCGAUUUUUGUCCUUGUCUGUAAUUAAUAAAAAAAAAACUCAUUUUAAAGUGUAUGUAUUAAUAUUAUAUUGUAUUAUAGAUGUCCAUUAUGAUUUUUUUAUUACAAGUGUCAUGAAAAAAACAAUUAGCAAAAAUAGUCUCAACCGUAUCUAUGGUUCGAAGUAAAGGUUUUAAUAUUUACUGCGGUCUUCUACAGCGGCUCAUAACUUAAUAUAAUUUAGUUUAUUCUAGUUUUAACCACAAGAGCUUACAGACGCCUUACAUUUCGUAUAAAUUAUAUUCACAGCACCGCUGCACCCUGUUACUAAAAUAAUAAUCUAGAAAAAUAAAUUGCUAUAACCAUAGAUAGCAACGAUAUGUCAACACUAAAACAAUAUCGUAAUCACACUAUUAUUAUUACAUCUCAUUCAUUAUUUUUAAUUUUUUUUAGCUCACAAUAAAUUUCAUAAUUUAAUAAGGUGUAAUUACGUUUGAAUAUAAAAAAAAAACAAUUCACACAAUAAUUAGUGAAAUUACAUAAUUUACAUUCCAUUUUGCGUGGGCGAAUGUAAAUAUUUUAAUAGCCCUUCGAAAUUUAAAUGUUUUUAAUCGUAUUCGAUUUUCAAAUGUAGCAUGUGUUAAAUGUGAAUUUAUUAAAAAAUAUAUAAGAAUUGUAAUCGGUACGUGUACUUAAUUUUUGAUGUUCCACGUGUGAUUCCCUCUUGCCCCGUGUUACGAUAUUACAUGCACAAGACUUCGAUUUUAGCGUUUAUAUCAAUGUAUAAAAUAGCUUAAGAUAAUAAAUAAAUCAAACUAGUCACAUGACUAAUGUUAAGAUACUAUUUUAUAUCUUAAGUUUUGGAAAAACAUGAUAACAGCUUGAAUUAUUUAUCUAUAAUAACACUUAUCUAUCUAUCUAUUGUGUCCUUUCAUGGGAUGCUAUUUAGGUAUUUAUGUAUCUGGGCCUAGUAUAAUGUAAAUUAUUGAGACCGUCCUUACCCAGAUAAUGGUAAGCGAAGGCAUAGAAUUAAAUAAAUGUUUAACUGUUUUGUAACGAUUAAGUCAUGUUAUAUACUUAUGAUUAAUAUUAAAUAUAGUUUCAGAA